CAUGUCAGGAAAAAGACGGCAGCAACAUUUACAUUAUUUGUCUAGAAUUGAUUGGUUUAAAAUAAUAAUUUCGGCUGAAGAUGAUUUAGAGUCGACACCAACAGCAAAUGAUGACAUAGGUAAAAGUCGAGAUGCGUCAAAAACUGAUGAUGAAACUGUUAAAAGGGAGGAGGAGGCUAUAAAAAUAGAUGAGCUAAAUGUUUCUCAACUAAAGGAAAUGCGAGAUAAAGCUGAAAAGUUCACCUUUCAAGCUGAGGUUGAUAGAAUGAUGAAGCUGAUUAUUAACUCUUUAUACAAAAACAAGGAAAUUUUCCUGCGUGAAUUAAUUUCGAAUGCUUCAGAUGCUCUCGACAAAAUUCGUUUACUUUCGUUGACCGACAAAAAAGCUUUAGGUGACUUUGACGAAUUAUCGAUAAAAAUUCGAGCUGAUAAAGAGAAUCAAAUGCUUCAUAUAACUGAUAGUGGUAUAGGGAUGACAAAAGAUGACCUUGUUAAACAAUUGGGUACAAUUGCCAAGUCUGGAACUUCGGAAUUUCUUAGUAAAUUAAGUGAGGCAGGGUCUCAAGAAAUGAAUGAUAUGAUUGGUCAAUUUGGAGUUGGUUUCUAUUCGUCAUUUCUUGUUGCCGAUCGAGUUAUGGUUACGUCAAAGAGUAAUGAUGACGAACAAUAUGUUUGGGAGUCAGAUGCUUCUUCCUUUACCGUUUCAAAGGAUCCAAGAGGGACGACUCUGACAAGAGGUACCACUGUUUCUCUACAUAUGAAAGAAGAAGCUUCAGAGUAUCUUGAACAAACGACUAUCCGUGACCUUAUUAAGAAAUAUUCACAAUUUAUAAAUUUUAAUAUUUAUAUUUGGGAUUCGAGGGUUGAACAAGUUGAAGAAAAAGUUGAUGAUGGCGAAGGAGGCGAGACUAGUAGUUAUGUUGACAAAACAAUUUGGGAUUGGACACUCUUAAAUGAUAAUAAACCCAUAUGGACAAGAAAAUCUGGAGAAAUAGAAGAUCACGAGUAUGUAGAUUUUUACAAGUCCUUCUCAAAAGAAUAUGAGCCACCUUUGUCUCAUACUCAUUUCACAGCUGAAGGUGAAGUAACUUUCAAAGCCAUAUUGUUCAUCCCGAAAACUAGCCCUCAAGACAUGUUUACAAAUUACGGAAAAAAGAUUGAUAUGAUAAAAAUGUAUGUGAGAAGAGUAUUUAUCACUGAUAAUUUUGAAGAAAUGAUGCCCAAGUAUCUUUCCUUUGUGAAAGGAGUUGUAGAUAGUGAUGAUCUUCCCCUUAAUGUGUCUAGAGAAACGCUUCAGCAACAUAAACUAUUAAAAGUUAUUAAAAAGAAAUUAGUUAGGAAAACCUUAGAUAUGAUUAAGAAAAUGAGCACAGAGGAUUUUGCUCAAUUUUGGAAAGAAUUUAGUACAAAUAUCAAACUAGGAGUUAUUGAAGAUCACGCAAAUCGUACAAGAUUAUCAAGACUUUUGAAAUUUCAAUCUUCUCACUCUGCCGCCGAACUUUCCUCGCUUGGUGACUAUGUAGAGAGAAUGAAGGAAGGACAAGAUUCAAUUUAUUAUGUAGCUGGAACUUCAAGAGAGGAAGGAGAAAAAUCUCCCUUCGUUGAAAAGCUAUUGAAGAAAGGCUAUGAAGUUCUCUACUUAACUGAAGCUGUUGAUGAAUAUUGCAUUCAAGCUUUACCUGAGUUUGAGGGCAAAAAAUUUCAGAACGUCGCAAAAGAAGGAGUUAAGUUGAAUGAUUCGGAAAAAGCUAAACAAAGAAAGGAGGCUUUAGAGAGAGAAUAUGAGCCUCUGAUGGAAUACAUGAUGAAUCAUGUUCUACCUGGUAAAAUAGAGAAGGCUAUUGUUUCUGAUCGAUUGACUACCUCUCCUUGUGCUUUGGUUGCUACAACAUCUGGCUGGUCUGGAAAUAUGGAAAGAAUAAUGAAAUCACAGGCAUAUCAAAAAUCUAAAGACACUGGAAAUGAUUAUUAUAGCGGACAGAAAAAGAUACUUGAAAUGAAUCCAAGACAUCCUCUGGUGAAAAAAUUAAAGGAGAGAGCAGCAGUAGAUAGAGAGGAUGCAACUACAAAGGAUUUAGCUACUGUUCUCUAUGAAUCAGCUGUUCUCAGAUCAGGCUUUUCACUCGUCGAUACAGCCGGUUUUUCGCAGAGAAUAGAGAAUAUGUUGAGAUUAUCUAUGGAAAUUCCUUUGAAUGAGCCGAUUGAAGAUGAGCCAGAAGAUGACGAUGAAGUUAUGGAUGAAAGCGUUACAGACGCCGAUGGAACCGAAGAAGCUGACAAUGAUUCUGACAAGGCUGACGAUGCUACCGCAUCUAAAGAGGAAUUCAUUGAUGACGAAAGUGAAACAAAGGUAACGAAUACUUGCGAAUUUUGUCAAAGAAAAUUGCUUUCGAUUGAAGAAACGGAAGAAGAUACAGGUUAUUAUUCUACUUCCGAAGACGAGUUUAGGACAGAUUUGGACGCUUUACCUAAUUAUCUAGAAGAGGAUACGGACGGUGACGGGAUACCAAAUUAUCUGGAUGAUGACGAUGAUGGUGACGGUGUGCAGAUAACAUUUAUACUUAAAGAGCAACCCUGUAGAUUUUUCUUUCGUAUUUUAGGAAUACCGGAUGAAGAAGAAGAUGAAGACGGAGAUGGAAUACCGGAUUAUCUCGAUACAGAUUCCUCGCUACACAGACACUAUAUAUUCCCCGAUUCUCAAAAAAGUGAUUUGCUUUCGAACAACUACGAAGAAGAUUUCGGCUCUCCGAAUUACUUAUAUGAAGAUAAUGAAAAAGAGUCAGCUUCCAAAGACAAGUUUAAUGAGGAUGAUUCAAUUAAUACUGGAAAUAGCAAACUUGAGCAUGAAAACAUUGAAAAAAGGACAAAUCAUUUAGAUUCUGAACAAGAUGAUUACAUUUCGCAAGAUAAUGAGGAAGCUCAAAAUAAUGAAAACAAAGAAAAUCGUAGUGACGGUAAAUCAUCUGAAGAAAACUAUACUAUGCAGGAUGAUGACGGUGAUAGUAUACCGAACUACAUGGAUGAUGAUGAUAACGAUGGCGUACAAAACAAAUACGACGAAAAAAAGAAAUUUGAUCAAGUCUUGGAAAGUGAGAAUCGCAAAAUAUUUAAUAAGGAACCUGCUGAUUUAGAGAACAACGAGCUUACAGAAAUACUUCUUGAGUAUCAAGGAGAUCAGAGGAAAAGAUCGUCUAAUUCAGGAAAAACUUAUCAUUCAUCGAAGCUGGAUGACGGAACACCGCCUUAUAUAAACGACAACAGUGACACCAAAGAAAAAAAAGAAAAAAACAAUGAAAAAAAGAAAGUUGAUAAUGUUUUCAGAGAUAUUGAUGAUGACGAUGUGCAUGUUGAUUUAGAGAAUGACAAUGACACUAACGAAAAAGUCGAGAAACAAGAAAUGACCUCCAAAAAUGAUGAACAUGAUUAUAUGGUUAAAGACACAGACGGUGAUGGAAUACCAAAUUACUUAGACGAUGACGACGAUAACGAUGGAAUUCCAGAUCACUUGGACGACGAUAAUAAUGCCAAAAAAAUGAAAGAAAAUGAAGAAGAAUUGAAAACAAAAGUUGAAGACGAUUACAUGCUGAAAGAUUCCGAUGGCGAUGGAAUACCAGAUUAUUUAGAUGAUGACGAUGACAAUGAUGGAAUACCCGAUCAUUUAGACGAUAACAAUGAUGUUAACGAAAUGAAAGAAAAUGAAGAAUUAAAAAGAAAGCCUAAAGAAGAUGAUUACAUGAUGAAGGAUUCAGAUGGAGAUGGAAUACCAGAUUAUUUGGAUGAUGACGAUGACAAUGAUGGGAUACCCGAUCAUUUAGAUGAUAAUAAUGAUGUUAACGAUAUGAAAGAAAAUGAAGAAUUGAAAACAAAGCCUAAUGAAGAUGACUACAUGAUGAAGGAUUCAGAUGGAGAUGGAAUACCAGAUUAUUUGGAUGAUGACGAUGACAAUGAUGGAAUACCCGAUCAUUUAGAUGAUAACAAUGAUGUUAACGAAAUGAAAGAAAAUGAAGAAUUGAAAACAAAGCCUAAUGAAGAUGAUUACAUGAUGAAGGAUUCAGAUGGAGAUGGAAUACCAGAUUAUUUAGAUGAUGACGAUGACAACGAUGGAAUACCUGAUCAUUUAGAUGAAAACAAUGAUGUAAACGAAAAAAGUGAAAUAGAAGAGGAAGAGUGGAGCUCAAAACAUGAAGAAGGCGAUUAUACCUUUAGAGAUGCAGAUGCUGAUGGAACACCGGAUUAUUUAGACGAUGAUAAUGACAAUGAUGGAAAUUCUGAAAAUUUAAAUGAAAACAAUCAGGCCAGGGAAACAAAGGGUCAAGUCCAAAAGAAGGAAAAAAACACCAAAAAUGGAGAAAAUGAAGACAAUUUGAUUAAAGAUAGAGAUGGUGACGGAAUACCCGAUUACUUGGAUAAUGAUGAGGACAACAAUGGCGUAUCAGAUUAUUCAGAGGACGGCAGUUUCAGUAAGGAAACGAAAGAGAUUAAAGAACAGGAACUAAGUUCAAAGCAUGAUGAAACAGAUGAUUAUAUGAUUAAAGAUUCAGACGGUGACGGAAUACCGGAUUAUUUAGACGAUGAUAAUGAUAAUGCUGGAAUUCCUGAUCAUUUAGGUGACAAGAAUGAAUUUAAUGAAGCAAAAAGUAAGGAAGAAGAAAAGAACUCAAAGGACGAAGAUGAUAACAUAACAAAAGACACCGAAGGUUAUGGAAUUCCAGGCUAUUUGGAUGACGAUUAUGAAGUCAAGGACACAAAAGAUGCGCAGGAAGAUAAUGAAAGAGACACAAAUGAGGAAAACGAAGAUUUUAUGAUCAAAGAUUCCGAUGGUGAUGGAAUACCAGAUUAUUUAGACGAUAAUAAUGACAAUGACGGUAUACCUGAUCAAUUAGACAACAAGAAUGAAUUUAAUGAUGAAAAAGGUACUGAAAAAGAUAAGAGAUCAAAAGGUGAAGCUAACAACAUAAUCAAAGAGAGUGGUGGCGAUAGAAUUCUUGAUAAGUUAGACGAGAACUAUCAAGGCAAAGACACAAAAGAUGCACAGAAAGAUAAUGACGAGAGCCACAAAAGUGAUGAAGAUGAAAGUAAUUACAUGACCAAGGAUUCAGAUGGCGAUGGAAUACCAGAUUAUUUAGACGAUGAUGAUGAUAAUGAUGGUAUACCUGAUAAGAUAGAUAAUGAAAACGAUGUUAAGGAAACGAAAGAGAGUGAAGGGAGAAAAUUGAGAUCGAAGAAUGAGGAAGAAAAUGAUUAUAUGAUUAAAGAUUCGGACGGUGAUGGAAUACCAGAUUAUUUAGACGAUGAUGACGACAAUGAUGGCAUUCCUGAUGAAAUAGAUGAUAAAAAUGAUGCUGAGGAAACAAAAGAGAGUAAAAAUGAAGAAUUUAGAACAAAGCUGGAUGAAGAAGAUGAUUAUAUGAUUAAAGAUUCGGACGGUAAUGGAAUACCAGAUUAUUUAGAUGAUGAUGACAACAAUGAUGGCAUUCCUGAUGAAAUAGAUGAUAAAAAUGAUGCUAAGGAAACCAAAGAGAGUAAAAGUGAAGAAUUUAGAACAAAGCUGGAUGAAGAAGAUGAUUAUAUGAUUAGAGAUUCGGACGGUGAUGGAAUACCAGAUUAUUUAGACGAUGAUGACGACAAUGAUGGCAUUCCUGAUGAAAUAGAUGAUAAAAAUGAUGCUAAGGAAACCAAAGAGAGUAAAAGUGAAGAAUUUAGAACAAAGCUGGAUGAAGAAGAAGAUUAUAUGAUUAAAGAUUCGGACGGUGAUGGAAUACCAGAUUAUUUAGACGAUGAUGACGACAAUGAUGGCAUUCCUGAUGAAAUAGAUGAUAAAAAUGAUGCUAAGGAAACCAAAGAGAGUAAAAGUGAAGAAUUUAGAACAAAGCUGGAUGAAGAAGAUGAUUAUAUGAUUAGAGAUUCGGACGGUGAUGGAAUACCAGAUUAUUUAGACGAUGAUGACGACAAUGAUGGCAUUCCUGAUGAAAUAGAUGAUAAAAAUGAUGCUAAGGAAACCAAAGAGAGUAAAAGUGAAGAAUUUAGAACAAAGCUGGAUGAAGAAGAUGAUUAUAUGAUUAGAGAUUCGGACGGUGAUGGAAUACCAGAUUAUUUAGACGAUGAUGACGACAAUGAUGGCAUUCCUGAUGAAAUAGAUGAUAAAAAUGAUGCUGAGGAAACAAAAGAGAGUAAAAAUGAAGAAUUUAGAACAAAGCUGGAUGAAGAAGAUGAUUAUAUGAUUAAAGAUUCGGACGGUGAUGGAAUACCAGAUUAUUUAGACGAUGAUGACGACAAUGAUGGCAUUCCUGAUGAAAUAGAUGAUAAAAAUGAUGCUAAGGAAACCAAAGAGAGUAAAAGUGAAGAAUUUAGAACAAAGCUGGAUGAAGAAGAUGAUUAUAUGAUUAGAGAUUCGGACGGUGAUGGAAUACCAGAUUAUUUAGACGAUGAUGACGACAAUGAUGGCAUUCCUGAUGAAAUAGAUGAUAAAAAUGAUGCUAAGGAAACAAAAGAGAGUAAAAAUGAAGAAUUUAGAACAAAGCUGGAUGAAGAAGAUGAUUAUAUGAUUAAAGAUUCGGACGGUGAUGGAAUACCAGAUUAUUUAGACGAUGAUGACGACAAUGAUGGCAUUCCUGAUGAAAUAGAUGAUAAAAAUGAUGCUAAGGAAACCAAAGAGAGUAAAAGUGAAGAAUUUAGAACAAAGCUGGAUGAAGAAGAAGAUUAUAUGAUUAAAGAUUCGGACGGUGAUGGAAUACCAGAUUAUUUAGACGAUGAUGACGACAAUGAUGGCAUUCCUGAUGAAAUAGAUGAUAAAAAUGAUGUUGAUGAAAAGAUUAAUAAUGUAAAAGAGCUGAGCUCAAAAUAUGAAGCAGGUGAUUACAAGCUUGAAAACACAGAUAGUGGCAGAAUGCCAAAUCAUUUAGAUGCCAAUAUUGACAAUGAUGAAACACCUGAUCACACAGAUAAUAACAAUGACGAAAAGAAAGCAAAUGAAGAAAAGGAAUUGAGCUCAAAACAUGAAGACGAAGAUAAUUAUAUGACUAAAGAUUCAGACGGUGAUGGGAUACCUGAUUAUUUAGAUGAUGAUAAUGAUAAUAAGGGCAUAUAUGAUCACCCAGAAGGCGAAAAUGAUUUUAAAGAAAAGAAAGAAAAUGAUGAAAGGUUUUUAGCUUCCAAAUAUGAAGUAGAAGACAAUUAUAUGAUUAAAGAUUCAGACGGUGACGGAAUACCGGAUUACUUAGAUGAUGAUAAUAAUAAUGAUGGAAUUCCUGACCUUUUACAUGACAAGAAUGAAUUUAACGAUGCAAAAGUUAAUGAAGAAGAAAAGAGCUCCGAGGAUGCAGAUGAUAACAUGACGAAAGACAGUGAUGGCGAUAGAAUUUCUGAUUAUUUAGACGAGGGCUAUCCAGGCAAGGACACAAAAGAUGCCCAGGAAGAUAAUGACAAGAGCCUUAAAAGUGAUGAAAUUGAAAGUGAUUAUAUGAUCAAAGAUUCCGAUGGUGAUGGAAUACCAGAUUAUUUAGACGAUGAUGAUGACAAUGAUGGAAUACCCGAUCAUUUAGAUGAUAACAAUGAUGUCAACGGAAUGAAAGAAAAUGUAGAAUUGAAAACAAAGCAUAAUGAAGACUACUACAUCAUGAGGGACUCCGACAGCGAUGGAAUGCCUGAUCAUUUAGAUGAAAAAAAUGAUGUUAAAGAAAUGAAAGAAAGUGACGAAGAAUUGAAAGCGAAAGUUGAAGAAGAUGAUUACAUGAUUAAAGAUUCAGAUGGAGAUGGAAUACCAGAUUAUUUAGAUGAUGACGAUGACAACGAUGGAAUACCCGAUCAUUUAGAUGAUAACAAUGAUGUUAACGAAAGGAAUGAAAAUGAAGAAUUGAAAACAAAGUCUAAAGAAGAUGAUUACAUGAUGAAGGAUUCAGAUGGAGAUGGAAUACCAGAUUAUUUAGAUGAUGACGAUGACAACGAUGGAAUACCCGAUCAUUUAGAGGAAGAUAAUGAUUUUAUUGAGAAAACGAAAAAAGAGAUUGACCAGGAAGAAAGCACAAUUUCUAAAGAUUCAGAAAACAAUAUUUUGAAAGAUUCAGAUGGAAAUGGAAUUCCAGAUUAUUUAGGUGAUGAAAAAGAUUAUGACGAAAGUCCUGAUCACUUUGAUAAUUUUAAUAGUGAUAAGGAAAUUGAAUUACUGAAACCCGAAACUCUUGAUGAUGUGAUGGUAGAUAUUGUAGAAGUUGAAGACAGUGUCGAAAGUGUCGAAAUCAAAGACAAUAGUCAGCGGUCUUCUAAAAAUGUAACUAAAAUACCUGUGGAUGUUGAUGAAAUUUUAACUGAUGAAAGUUUAAAAUUACCAAAGGCUGAUUAUGAUUUCGAUGUACUUGAAGAGGAAAGUAGAAUUGAUAAUAAUAUUUUUGAUUCCACUUUUGAGGAUUUAGAUGUUGAUUCUGAUUCAGAUGGUGUGCCAGAUUAUUUAGACAUUGACAUUUUAAAGGAAACGCCUGACGUUGCAGGUAAAGGUUUAGCUGAAGAUUUUCCUACAAAGGAUACGGAGGGAAAAAGUAACUUUGAAAAACUUGAGCUUGAAGAUACGAUUUUGGGCAUUCCAGACAACUUCAAAGAGGAACAGUCACUGUUUGGAGGGAAAGAUGAAAAAAAGGAUAUUGAAUAUGAUUAUUCUGUUGCAGGUGAACAAGAGAAAAGUGUUCCCGACAAUUUAAAAGAUAACACUUUACAAGCUGAGACAGAAAACGAAAAUAUCCUAGAGUCCACAACUUUCGAUGACGGUGCAAUGAUAAGCGAGGAAUCUGCAUUAAAUAAUUUAGAAACAGAAGACGAAUCUUCAGAGGUAUUUAGGGACGAAGGUGGCAUUCCAAUAGAAAAAGAUUCUGAUUUAGAAGUUGAAAGUAUAGCUAAACACUUAAUAUUAGAUAAACAGCUCUCUAUGAAUUUUAUAGAGUCGAGUUCAAAGGGCAAUUUAGAAAAAUCUAAUCUCUGCUUAACAACAAGAAAGUCUUCCAGUAUAUUUAUUGAUACAAAAAAAGACUCUGACAAUGACGGAAUCCCAGAUUAUAUAGAUGAUGAUGACGAUAACGAUCUUAUUCCAGAUAUUUAUGAUAUUGACAGAGACGGUGACAAUAUUCCAGAUUACGAAACGGAUGAUAAUUGUUUAAAUACCGAUGAAGCAAGUUUCUGUUCAAAAAUAUCACAAAAUAUUGAAAAAUCAACGAUGUUACAUGGUUCAUUUUUCGUUGAGAUUUUAACAUUGAUAAAAGAUUUAUUUUUUGAGGAAGAUAUUACAAUCUCAAAAGAUAAAGAUAAAUUUGUUGAAACGUUAUAA